UUAGAACAGAAAGAAGUUAAUAAAAAAUAAAUAUAUUAGAACUUAAAUAAAAUAUACAAAAAAAUGUCAUAAUUAUAUAAAAGUUAAAAUAAAUAAAUUAACAAAGAAUAUAUAAUAUUAGAAUAAAUUGGAUAAGGAAGCUUUUGUAAAGUGUAUAAAGGUGUUAACAAAUAAUAAUAGCUAGUCGCCAUUAAGGAGAUAAAUAAAUAACAUGCUUCGAGAUUAAAUUAAUAAAUGAAUCUGAUGAUUCAAGAGGAGAUAAAAGUUAUGAAAGCUCUUUAGAGACAUAAUUGCGAGCAUAUUUUAAAAUAUAUCGAUAGUUUUGAAGACACUUAAAAUAAAUAUAUAGUUACUGAACUCUGUAAAUAAGAGACCCUUUUGGAUAAACUCUAAAGAUAAAAUUCUUUCAGUGAAAAUGAAGCUUUAUACUAUUUCUUUUAGAUAAAAGAUGCAAUAUAUUACAUGCAUUACUCGAAAAUAGCACACAGAGAUAUAAAAUUACCUAAUAUUUUAUUUGGUCUUGAUAACAAAAUAAAGUUAGCUGAUUUUGGGUUUUCAAAAGAAUCUUUAUAAGAGAUGGAAUAUUAGUCAAUAUUAGGUACUAUGACUACAGUAGCUCCUGAAGUUCUUAUGAAUAAGGGAUAUACUUUAAAAGCAGAUAUUUUUAGCUUGGGCUAGAUAUUAAGUAAGAUGCUUUUUGGUGCAUAUUUGUUUCUUAUGCAAGAUUUCAUCUAAAAUUUUUAGUACCUUCAAGAAUGUAUUGACUAAAAUUUAAAUAGAUUUUGCAUAGAAUUUUAAAUAUCAGAUAAAACAAAAUAUUUAUUGAGUUAGAUGCUUAAAGUUGAUCCUAACAAAAGAAUUGAUAUUUUGAAAAUAACUGACUUGUACCCUCUUGGUAAUUAUAAACAAUUAAGUUACUUACCACAAAAACAAGAACAAGAAAGCAUGCAAAACAGCUCGCUGAGCAAAAAAUAAUAAGGCCAAUAAUAAGUUAGAUAAAUAAUUAGAUAAAAUAGUAUAUAAAUAUUUGAUUCUUAAGGUAGCUUUGGCUCAAAAAUAUAAACCCCAAAGGGCAUAAUUAAAUCUUAAAAUAGUUUCUAAUAGUACUAAAAAUAAAAUUCGAGAUAGUAAUUAACAAAAUAAGAAACAAGGUCAGAAGUAAUUUAAAAACAUCCAAUAAAUUAAAAUUCUAUUUAGAAUGAAAACCCAAGUUUUAGGCAAAAUUCAAGCAUUCAAGCAGGAUAAAACCAAUAAUUUUAUUAAAAUAAAACUAAAUCAGAAAUUAAACCUUAAAUAAAAGAAAAUACUUUAGCUUAAAGCAUGUCUUAGUAAAAUAAACCUAAAUAUAGUUAGGUUACAUCUAUAUAAAAAUAACCUGUUAUUAAAUACUAAAAAUAUGUCGAAAAUGAAAAUAGUCUAAAAAUUUAGUAAUCUAAUCUUAAUAAUAAUAGCUAAAAUAAAGUAUAGAAAGUAACUAAAGUAGAUAAAAUACAAAAAUUAGAUGAAGACUAAUUUAUAAAGUAAAAUGAAAUUUUUAAAUAGAGAUAAAAAGAAAAAGAAGAGUUUUCUAAUUUGAUAGAUUACUUAGAUUAAUUAAAUUAAAUCUAGAAUUUUGUUCAAAAUUAAUAUACAAAUAAGGAAUACGAAAACUAAGAUGACUUAAAAUAAUGUUUAACUAAUUAUUCUUUGUAUCUAUAAUAGUUAUAAUUUACUCAUUUAAAAAAAAUUUAUGAAAAUAAGCAUCCAAUUAAUGAAAAUUUUAAAGAUUUAAUUAGUAACGAUUUCUAUAAUUAAAAAAAAAAAAAAUUAGAUGAGCGAAGAAAAGAGUUAUAUAAGACUUGCUUAAAAAUAAAUGAAAAGUAGAUUUCUGAAUAAGUGACUUAAGAUCUUAAAAUUUCAAAAUGCAACUAAAAAAUAAAAUAUUAUCUUCAUUUUUUUUAGAAAUAGAUUGAUGAUUCAGAGAAAAAAAUGGAAUUUAAAAGAAUAAAUUAAUAUGAGAUACAAAAUGAAUUAGAAGAAUAUUUACUGAAUAUGGAAUAAAAGAAAAAUAUAAAUAUAUAAGGAACAAGUUUAAAUGGUUCAGUCAGCAAAUAAUAUUGA